GCUCACUUAGUGUUAGGAGUUACAUAUUUUGGCGAGAAUAGGUAGCAAAAACGAUUGUUUUUUUUUGUUCAGAAUUAGAUUAGACUUAUGUUUUCUAGUAUACUGUGUUGUUCCAAGUAAAUAUGUAAAAUUGUAGCUUGUGCGACAUAACUAGAAACAGAAAAAUAUACUGGUAUUAUUGUUCCAGAUACAGAAGCUCAGAUUUUUUCAAGGGAAAACACAGAUUUAAAUGUGGCAACCCUGAUCGUUGCAGCAACACAUCUAAAUCUGCCUCCAUCAUUCUACAAGCAGCUGUUGCGUGCGUGCUCUGAGAAAUUACAAAAGUAAACCACAAUCAGAUAAGUUUUCACUCGAAAAAUAAGAUAUACCUUAGCGCAUUUAUAUUGAAUGCUCCUAAUUUAGAAACGCAAUUUACUGCAAAGUUGUUUAAAUUUUGUUUAUGAGACCAGUGAUCCCAGCAAAACCAAUCAUUUCAUUCCAACAACUCUAGCACUGACGCGGCAGGAUGUCCUCAAGACUGAAUUUAGUUCGUACUUUUCUGAGUCAAUCAAGCUCUUCCGGCGAUGGAGACCGGUCACUGCCCUUAUCGGGUGGUACUCCCAGCGAAGGUGUCGACAGCGGCUUUCAAACUCGCACUCCAGAGAGCACACCCACAACUCAACGCAAAAUAAUCGGUCGUGGUCAGCUCAUUGCGGGUGCAGCCGCUGCUACCGGAACGGCAACAUCCGGAGCGGGCUCAUCGGAAUCGGACCAACAGUCCAGCAUUGUUUCCGCUGCCCCGUCGAACGUGGGCCGUGGACGUGCUCAGUUUAUUCAAGCGCUUAUACAGCAACCGCUUGAAUCGGUUCGUUCGGUUGCUUCCGAUGAUGCUAGUUCUGUUACUUCAGCAAGAAUUUCUACAAUCGGUGGAGGACGAGGAAGAUUCAUCCAACAGUUGCUUAACACAGCGCCGGGAACUAGCUCCCCUUCGACCAAUGGCAGCAAAAAAGAUUCCGAUCUGUCAGACAAGAUGUCCCAGGCCACGAUUAGCGCAGUGGAAACUAUUGAAGUUGAAAAAAUGCCAGUUGUUAAGACUGGCUCACGAGGAUCUGCCGUUCAACUAAUGACCAAUUAUAUCAGGAUUGCAUGCGAUCCCGACCGCGGAAUCUACGAGUACGAGGUUCGUUUUUCUCCUGAAGUAGAUUCCAAAGCUGCUCGCUCACGAUACAUAUCGCAACAUGCUAGCGUUAUUGGAAAUGCCAAAACCUUCGACGGUGUUAAGCUCUAUCUACCAAAAAAACUACCGAACACGGAAACGCUUUUGUAUUCAAGAAAUCCUGUUGACGAUCAUCAGGUGACGAUAAAAAUUAUUUUCAAGAGAAAACAACGGAUGAGCGAGAAUGUACAGUUUUACAACAUUCUGUUCCAACGUAUCAUGAAGGUGCUCAAAAUGGUUGAAAUGGCACGCAAGAAUUUUGAUCCUUCCGCUCCGAAACUAAUUCCGCAGCAUCGGUUGGAAAUUUGGCCAGGUUAUGUCAGUGCCGUUGAUGAUUACGAGGGUGGAUUGAUGUUGAAUUUGGACGUUUCUCAUCGUGUGCUGUUACAGACAACAGUGCUUGAUCACAUCAAAACUUUAGCACGAUCCAAUCCUCAGGACUACAAAAACUUGGCAACAAAGUCAUUGUUGGGUGCCGUAAUUUUGACCCGCUAUAACAACAAAACGUAUCGCAUCGAUGAUAUUUUAUUUGAUCAGAAUCCGAUGAUGACCUUUCAAGCCAGUGGAAAGGAAAUCUCUUACAUGCAAUAUUACAAACAACAGUAUAACAUUGAUAUUAAUGACAUGAAGCAACCUUUGUUGAUUCAUCGCAGGGAGCGUCGAGUUGCCGGCCAGGAUAAGCCACAAGAGAUGAUAAUGUGCCUGAUUCCGGAAAUUUGUUUCCUAACCGGACUAACGGACGAAAUGCGCAGUGAUUUUAAAGUAAUGCGUGACAUUGCUGCCUUCACCCGGGUUUCGCCAAAUCAGCGACUGAAUAGUAUGCGUCAGUUUUGCCGUAACGUAAACGAAAAUCGUGAAGCCCGCGAGAUUCUAGAGGUGUGGGGCCUCAAGCUUGAUAUGGAUCCACUCAUUAUGCAAGGACGUUGUUACGAAGAGGAAAAAGUUAUUUUUGGAAAUGGCAUCAACAUCGGAGUUGGCAGAAAUGGUGAUUUCAAUCGAGCAGUAACUAGCAAUCACAUGCUACAGGUAGUCAACAUUCGAAACUGGCUGCUCAUUCAUACCGGAAAAGAUGGCAAAGUUGCUAGAUCGUUCAUGGACUGUGUCGAUCGGAGCUGCCGUCCCAUGGGUAUUCAGAUUGCUCCACCACAAAUUGAGGUUUUAAACUCCGACAGAACUGAGCAGUAUGUGCAAGUGCUGCGUUCAAAAAUCCGUCAGGAAACACAAAUUGUUGUUAUCAUUUGUCCAACUUCCCGCGAUGACCGAUAUGCGGCAAUCAAGCGAAUCUGCUGUUCCGAAAUUCCGAUACCCUCGCAGGUCAUCAAUGCUCGCACAUUGAGCAACGAAUCGAAAAAUCGUGCCAUCGUACAGAAAAUUAUACUUCAGAUGAACUGCAAACUGGGUGGAACGCUCUGGAGUAUCAAAAUUCCGUUCACUAACGUUAUGAUCGCUGGUAUCGACACCUACCACGACGCCAAGCAAAAGAGUAGCUCAGUUUCGGCGUUUGUGGCUUCACUAAACGGUGAAUAUACCCGCUGGUAUUCUCGAGCAUGCAUCCAGAACAAAAAGGAAGAGUUCAUGAACGGUCUCUGUGCUUCGCUGGAGAAGUCUUUGAAAGCCUACCAAAAGUUAAACUGUGUACUCCCUGGUAAAAUUGUCAUUUUCAGGGACGGUGUCGGUGAUGGACAAUUACGUAUGUGUUCAGAGUAUGAAAUACCUCAACUUCAGGAGGCAUGUAAACUUCUUGCUCCCGAUUACUGUCCAGAGAUAGUAUUCAUCGUUGUUCAGAAGCGUAUUAAUACUCGAAUGUUUCGCCUUGAUGGCCAAACCAAUCUAGAUAAUCCGAAUCCGGGCACCGUGCUGGAUCACACCGUAACCCGACGAAACCACUUUGACUAUUUCCUAGUGCCACAGUCCGUCCGCCAGGGCAGUGUUUCUCCUACGCACUAUAUCGUAGUGCAUAAUCAGCCGGAUUAUUCUCCAGACAUUCUGCAACGGUUAAGUUACAAACUCUGCUAUCUGUAUUACAAUUGGCCCGGAAGCGUUCGUGUUCCGGCCUGUUGUCAGUAUGCACACAAAAUGGCCUAUUUGAUUGGCCAAUCGGUCAAACGGAACCCAGAUGAAAGUCUCAACGACAAACUGUUCUAUCUGUAAAUUAGCAAGUUUUGUUCGCUCAUCUUUAACCGUCAUCUGCGGAACAGUCAAAUGUGUUGUCACACGCUCCAUUCGGUAGUUUAGCAGUGAAUGUAUGACAUUCGCAACUAUAUUUAAUUUUUUUUACUAUCUUAAUUAGUGUAGACUAUAAACUUUUCUUGCACUACUGAUCUAUAAAUACCAAAGCGAGAGAAUGUUUUUGACAGAGGAAAACAAGUUUUUAUUUCACCCUAUUUGCUUUUGCAUCAUUAAAGCGCGUUGAUAUGUAAUGAUUUACGUUGUCUAUUAACAGCGCGAAUGUUCUUGUUCCAAACGAUACGUUAUUGUUUUAACGACAACAGCUAUAUAUGGCGCCCGUUUCAAUUAUCCAACGCUGAAGAUAUAGGUGAUAAACGUAAGGACCAGAGCUUCCAACGAAAGAUGUCUUAUUCUAAUGUUAUUCAUUUUAUAGUUUAGUUAGAUGUUUUCUCAAGCCAUUUAAAUAAUAAAACUGAAGGAAA